AUGCGUCCGAGUGCCGGCGUGCAGGCGAGGCGAGCGGCGGUCCCGCGCGAUCCUGGAACCAGGAGUCGGGCCGAUCCCGAGGGCGCGGAGGCCGAGAGGCGCGUCUACGCCGCGUCACCUACGAUCGAGCCUACGUACGAGAUCGAAUGGAUAAGAUCGGACGUGGCGGACAUUGAAAUCUCUAAAUUCGUGAGCGGCAUCGCAGGCGGCAGAUCAACGGCGUCGCGCAACAAUCCACGAAGAUGUUACAGAACGUCGACCAGCUCCGGUUACUCGAGCCAUUCACCGCCGUUGUCGGCCGGCUCGUGCUCCUACUACGCGUCGACGAGGGAUCCGUCGUAUGGUGUUGGCCUGGCGGUGAUUCACGAGAGCGAGGCGAUACCGCGGCCGAUUUGGCCAUCGGUCGUCUAUCAUCACGUCGAGGAUCACAGUGGCGAUUAUUACGAAGGUAUUUACACGUGUCGCGUAUGCGGUUGCACGUAUAACUAUUCGCCACCGCUGCUGCCGCCGCCGCCGCCGCCGCCUCCGCCGUCGCUGCCGUUGACCUCAUCAUCAUCGUCAUCGUCAAGAGCGCGCGAGGUGCUGCUCGAAUUAUCCCGGACUCUCAAUUCUGUGAUAGACGGCGAUGUCACGGCGGCACCGGAGGAUAUCUUGCGCGACAUCUCGCGCAUCGUCUCCCUGGAGAUCGCACCCACGAGGAACGACAAUGUGUACGAGUACGUUUGCCCAUCCUGGAUGACGUUCAACGACAAGAAGCCAACGCUAUGGCCGGGCUGCGUGAAGAAUGCGCCGUCGAGAGUGAAUCCAAUCAGCUCGAAAGUCUACGUCAGCCCUCGCUGCCUCUACGGAUACAAUCCGGCGCGAUCCGUGCUCAAGAACGACGGAACGAUCAGACGCGACAGCGAAACGAGGAAGAACUCCGGCCUCGCGGGGAAGAAGCCUUGCGAAACCGAGUCGAAAUAUUCGACGCUGGUGUGCAGCGACGUUGGAUCGUCCGCCGAAGGAACGAUCGCCUCGUUGAGCCGCGCGAACGACUGGAAUCGUCGCUUAACCGUCCGAGGUUUUGGAGAGGAUUUUGACUUCACGCUCGACGUGACGCAGGCCGAGCGUUUAGGCCGGACGAUCGCGAGAGCGAAACGGAAGCGGCAAUGGUGCAGAGCCCUGACCACUCUCUUCGGUCUGGUUUUCUUCGUGUUGAGCGUCGUCGUCGUCUCGUUGUCCGUAACGAGGGGUCGCAAAGUGUUUGGAAGUAUGUAAGAGUCAGAAACUUAUCCGCGAUCGUGAACGACAUUCGUCCGAAUGUACUUUCUCGUUAAAUUAAAGAGACUGACUUCGCCGAUGUCGGAAACGCUUCGACAGCUCUUACCGCAAACAUUUUGCGAUAUAGAUACUCAUUCGUUCCAUAUAAUUAAUAUA